CUGCAAUUUCCAUCCUGCUGAUCCACCCCCAAAGUCGCAUCCGCCUGCUCGCCUCUCCCCAACGACACAUCACAUGGACUGUCUGUCCAUCCACCAUCCCUCGUCGUCUCCCAUCGCGCCGCCGCCUUAGCACCCCUCUCCGGCGACAGCAUCUCCCUCGUGCGAACCGCGAUCCGCAAACCCCCCCAUCCCUCCCGGCCUCUCUGGCUGCGCACUGCGCUGCGACCCUCCGUCGGGCUGACAAAGAAAAGUCCCGUCACGAGCCCGCAAGGCUGCGAGCCCGCACCCGGCUAGGCUCCGUCUCUCUCUCUCUUUCUGCCUUGCUUGACGUCUGUCUUGCCACGGACGGACGCUGCGUGUGUGUGUGUCGCGUCGUCUCGUCCCCAGCUACGAUCGACCGUCUUUGACCCCGAGGUCACUCACGGUCACGCCCGCCGCCUAUUAUAUUGAAAACGGCGCGACGGCCCCUUCCCCUCCCCGAAUUCCUAGCGACAAAGUACAGCCCUGCGUCCCGCCAGAGUUGCCCUUCGCGCGAUCCUCCCCCAAACCAGCCUCCGUCAUCAUGAACGGCACACGAAGGUCCGCCGCCGCCAAGAGAAAGGCUGCGGCCUCUCCAGACCAGCCGCCGCCGGCCAAGAGAGCCGUCAACGGCAAGCUUUCCGCCGACGACAACACCCCCGAUGUUGAGAUUGCAGACUACGACGAUGAGUCUGUCCUCAGCGACGACAUGCACCUCCACGCGCCGCCCAUGUACAUUGGCACCCCCGGCAGCCUGGGCGAGUGGCAGGACACCAUCCAAAAGGUGGUUCGCAACGUCGUCGCCAUUCGAUUUUGCCAGACGUGCUCCUUUGACACGGAUGCGGCCUUGACCAGCGAGGCGACGGGCUUCGUCGUCGAUUCCGAGCGAGGAUACAUCAUGACAAACCGCCAUGUCGUCGGCGCUGGUCCGUUCUGGGGCCACUGUGUCUUCGACAACCACGAGGAAGUCGACUGCUACCCGGUAUACCGCGAUCCCGUCCACGAUUUUGGCAUUCUUCGCUACGACCCCAAAGCCAUCAAGUAUAUGCAUGUCGAUGGUCUCGAUCUGAGCCCCGACCAGGCCAAAGUGGGUGUCGAGAUUCGAGUGGUUGGCAACGACGCUGGUGAGAAGCUCAGUAUCCUCUCUGGUGUCAUCAGUCGACUAGAUCGAAAUGCCCCCGAAUACGGCGAAGGCUACAGCGACUUCAACACGUGUUACUACCAGGCCAAUGCCGCUGCCAGUGGCGGUAGCUCCGGCAGUCCCGUCGUCAGCAAAGACGGCUCUGCCGUUGCGCUCCAAGCUGGCGGUCGUUCCGACGGCGCGUCUACCGACUACUUCCUCCCGCUGGACCGGCCCCUGCGCGCUCUCCAAUGCAUCCAGCAGGGAAAGCCCGUCACUCGUGGCGACAUUCAAUGCCAGUUCCUUCUCAAGCCCUUCGACGAGUGUCGCAGGUUAGGACUGAGUCCGCACUGGGAGUCUGCGACGCGGGAGGCGUUUCCUGACGAGACCAACAUGCUAGUGGCGGAGAUUGUGCUUCCCGACGGCCCUUCGCACAACAAGAUUGAGGAAGGCGACGUCUUGGUCAAGGUCAACGGAGAGCUCAUCACACAGUUUAUCCGCCUCGAUGACAUUCUCGACUCCAACGUCGGCCAGCCCAUCAAGUUUCAGCUGCAGCGGGGUGGCCAGGACGUCGAGGUCGAGAUUGAGGUCGGCGACCUUCACCAGAUCACGCCAGACCGCUUUGUCACCGUUGCCGGCGCCAGUUUCCACGACCUCUCGUACCAGCAGGCCAGGCUGUAUGCCGUGGCCGUCAAGGGCGUCUACGUGUGCGAGUCGGCGGGCUCCUUCCGCUUCGACAACACAGACAGCGGAUGGAUCGUUCAGACCGUCGAUCACAAGAAGGUGCCGGACUUGGACACGUUUAUCAAGGUCAUGAAGGACAUCCCCGACAAGGCGAGGAUCGUGGCUACAUACAAGCAUCUGCGCGACCUGCACACGCUGAACACGACCGUCAUCUAUGUGGACCGCCACUGGUCUUCCAAGAUGAAGAUGGCUAUUCGCAACGACGAGACGGGCCUGUGGGACUUCAAGGACCUUGGCGACCCUCUGCCACCGGUGCCUCCCGUCCGACGAUCUGCCUCCUUCAUCGAGCUGGAUCAUAUGCCACACCCCGGCAUUGCGGACCUGAUCAGGAGCUUCGUCCACGUCAACUGCACCAUGCCCGUCAAGCUGGACGGCUUCCCCAAGAACCGUAGGUGGGGAAUGGGCCUGGUGAUUGACGCCGACAACGGCCUCGUCCUCAUCUCGCGCGCCGUCGUCCCGUACGACCUCUGCGACAUCACGGUGACGAUUGCCGACUCCAUCAUCGUCGAGGGCAAGGUCAUCUUCCUACACCCACUCCAGAACUACGCCAUCAUCAAGUACGACCCGUCCCUUGUAGACGCGCCCGUCAAGAGUGCGAGGCUCAGCAGCGAGCACCUGACGCAGGGCGCCAAGACGUACUUUCUUGGAUACAACAGGAUCGGACGCGUCGUGCACGGCUCGACCACGGUGACCGAGAUCACUGCUGUGGCCAUCCCGGCCAACUCGGGUGCGCCGCGGUACCGCGCCGUCAACGUGGACGCCAUCACAAUCGACAGCAACCUCGGGUCGACGUGCAACAGCGGCGUGCUCGUGGCGCCCGACGGCACGGUGCAGGCGCUGUGGCUCAACUACCUCGGCGAGCGGUCGCCCUGCAGCCAGCGCGACGAAGAGUACUACCUCGGCCUGGGCACGCCGACACUGCUGCCCGUCAUCUCGACGGUGCAGAAAGGGGAGACGCCGCAGCUGCGCAUGCUGUCGGUCGAGCUGCGGUCCGUGCAGAUGUCGCAGGCGCGCGUCAUGGGCGUGUCGGACGAGUGGAUCAAGAAGGUGACGCAGGCCAACCGCUCGCACCACCAACUCUUCAUGGUCAGCAAGAGGACGUUUGAGCGGGGGGAGCACCCCGUGAGCCUCCUUGAGGGCGAUAUCGUCCUGACGCUCAACGGCAAGAUUUGCACGACGAUUUCGGACUUUGACGUCAUGUACACGAGCGAGGUGCUGGACGCCGUCAUCGUGCGAGAGUGCGAGGAGAUGGAGCUGCAGCUGCCGACGGUGGCGGCCAAGGACAUGGAGACGGACCACGCCGUGUCGUUUUGCGGCGCCGUCCUGCACCGCCCGCACCAGGCCGUCCGCCAGCAGAUCAGCAAGCUGCACAGCGAGGUGUACGUCUCGAGUCGCAUCCGCGGGUCGCCGGCAUACCAGUAUGGUGUGGCGCCGACCAACUUCAUCACGCACGUCAACGGCAAGCCGACUCCGGACCUGGAAUCCUUCAUCGCCGCGACGCGGAGGAUUCCCGACAAUACCUACUUCCGUCUCAAGGCAGUGACUUUUGACAGCGUGCCGUGGGUCAUCACGAUGAAGAAGAACGACCACUACUUCCCGACGAUGGAGUGGAUCAAGGACGACAGCGAGGCGUGCGGAUGGCGACGCGUCACGUACGAGGGCUCCGAGGUGUUUCAGGGCGAGGCGACAGACGGCAUCCCGCCCGUGGCCGAGGAGGCCGAGGAGGAGUAGGGCGGGCCGGGCCGGGCAACUCGGUCGGCCACUUGUGUUGAUUCUGAAGACUGGACUGUUUUGGGCUUCUGGCAUGGGACCGGGCGUUAUGGCUAUGAAGGAUCUCGACUUUGACUUUCUGGAGCUAUCCAGUGGCUGUGGCCUGCACGGUGUUUUUUGGCGGAACUGGAAGGAUACCGGCAGCCUCAGCGAGGGCCCAACUCUAUGUGCGUGUUCAUCAUGAGGGGGAAUUUUUAUAGACAGGCAUUAUUGGGGGCCACCGUCUGCGACGGGGCUUGCGUAAAUAGUAGGAGAUGCUUGUGCGUUGGGUUGUCUGCGGUCGUUGUGUGACGGCCGGCCGAGCAGGCUGAAUUAUUUGCUGAGGGGCACUGAUGAGGCUUCGUGUGUUGAUUGUCUAACAGAUAAAACCUUCGAAGCCUACUACUAGAGGUACCUACUAAGGUUAUACCUUCCAG